CCAGUGUCCCGCCGCACGGCGAACCGUUUGCACUCACAAGCAAAGCGAUCUUCACAAAGCAAGACAGAGAGAAGGAGUGAACUAUUCGUCCCCUCUACGUGGUCUCCGGCGCUAUUUCCUCUGCCGCCACCGCCGCCGGCACCCCCUCCACUUGGUCGCCGCCGACACCACACUGUUCGCCGUCUCGCUUACGCACCCGGCACUCCCUCUCUUGCUCUUUCCAGCGCGUGCUCGCUCUCUAGUAUAGUAUACACCCCCCGCUCGCCACCGCCGCCGUCAAACCAUCGGCAACUUCGUGUCACGAUUCGUGAGCUCUUCUCUCUCGUAACGUUGUCGUUGCUGCUACUCUGCGGUGCUACCUACACUCCGGCGUGUCACCUGAUCGUGGGACACUUUUCGCGGGUGAGAUACUACUAUACUUUACUACCGGCCAGUCAGCCGUUCUCUUUUUCUCCGGCUGUACUCCUUCCUUCGGCUGCUCACGCACACAGUCCCUCGACUACUCACGUUUAGUCGGUACACGGCAUCACACACCACCCAGAUCAGCUCCGCGGUUCUGUGUUUUUAAACCGCUCCGAAAAUUUAAAUCCUCUGUCACCGUUUAAUACCGAGUGAUCACACCGAUGACACUCAUACGUGUCGUGACAACGCUGAUGUGUGCUGCUAUCAGAGACGACAGUUAUCAAAAAAUAAUAUUCCUAUCAACAAUAAUAAUUAAGUUUCACGAGUGACAACAAGUUGUGACAACAGACUACAGUACAUUGUGAUUUACCGAGUGACUUUGCUAAGUUUCUGCAGUGGAACUGCUGGAUCUACACGUAAUCCUCUUGAGAAGUUGUAUGCAUAGACAUAUAUAUUUUUUUUUUACACUUUAUGACUUUAUUAUUUAUCGUGCGGUGGUUGUGCGACUGGAUUAUUAUCACUAGUAGUGAUACGUAUGAUAAUCGUAUCAUCCGCGAUACAGAUCUCUGUUUAGUGGCGAUGGCUGAAUAAACUUAACAGAGAUCGACGUCAAGUGCCGAUACAUCACACAGAGUUCAGCGGCGUAAAAAGGACCUUCAACUGUGUAGCUACAGAUAUAUAGAUACAUGUACAUCAGGAGAUAAAGAUAUCUUGGGACAAUCCGAGAUUUCGAUUCGAAUCAUCAGAGUUCUUGAGCGGUGAAAUGUCGUUAAAUCGAUGAAGCGGCAAAGCCACAAGGAUACUGUGAAAAAAAACGAGCUGGUGGACGGUGUGAACAUCAGUAUCGUUGAUACGAUCUACGUCCAUUUGUGUGACUUAGCAGCGACGCAAGCAGCUGCGAGAGAAAUCGUCUGGGAUUAGAAAGAGCGAAAGAACAGAGAGGAGAGAGAAAGAGUUAAUCGAGAGAGUGAGACGGAACAAAGAAAGAACAAUGGCAAGCGCGACUAUGGGUUUACGUCGUCGUGUACCAGUCAACAACAAUCCACCGACGGCGUCCCACCACUCGACGUCAGCGAGUAAACGCUCGAGGUCGGAGAAUAACAACAAUCCGUCCCACGGUAAUCUCAACUCAUUGAGUGGCGGACGAGACGAACCGACUGCUAAGAAAUCUCGCGGGAGCGGAUUGUCCAGUAGCAGAACUAAUGCUUCUUCCAAUAACAGCCAUGUGGACAACAACAACGGCCACCACGGAUCAAAAAGAGGAUCUGCGGGCUCGAAAUCCCGGGGUAAAAGUCCUCUACAGACUACUGGAUCAUCAGUCACGACACCAGUCGGUUCAGCUGCAUGCACAACUGUGGGACACGAGACUGGGGAUCUCACUGGAGGAUUUAAUGUACUUACUCCCUCGCCUUGGUCUGUUCCAACAAGUCUCUCGGCCAUGUCAGGACUGAGUGUUUCUGGCGGGCAUCAGUCUGGUCUCUGCGCCGGUGGAUUAACGAUGCCACCAACAAUUCCUUACAUGGCGACCUCGAUGGCGACCUUCGUUGGUAAUGCCACAAACCUAAACAAGAACUCGUCAGUCUCGUACCUCGAUAUAUCCAACAUGACUAGCGGUUCUCUUGCCGGCAGCUCGGGAUCCUCAUCAUCAUCAUCAUCAACAACAAAUGCCACGAGCGCUGGUAAAUUAAAUGGUUACGGUUCUUCCCCGAGCGGCUGCAACAAAACGUCCGGCGGUAUUGCGGAAACAAAGUCGAACAACAGCAGCAACAACCCACCAGUCCCCAUGGCAUUUCCCGGCGUAGUACCCAGCCCAGGAAUGCCGUAUGGCGUCGGGAAACUAGCUGGUUCCCAGUGUGAGCCCGUUAAUGUUCCCGCUCCCGUUAAGUUUCAAAACGACAGCAUGUACAAUGCGUACCAGCCAUGGGUCAUUAAAACCUACGGUGACUUGGCUAAAACAAAGACCAUAACGAUUAAAAAGUACGGAAGAAUUCUACGCACGUUGAGGGGUGAAGAGGUCAACAGCGCGGAGAACAGCAAGUUUAGAUUUUGGGUUAAGAGCAAGGGGUUUCACAUCGGCCAGCCGGAAGGAUACGAUGCAAAACCAGCGGACAGGAUAAUCGGUCGUCAUGCUGUCACAAGUCCGGGUUUAGACCCGCCUCUAUAUGUGCCCACGCAAUUGCCACACAAUAAGGCUCUAAGCGGCGCCGAGGGAACAGUUCCAGGAAGGGUCUACAAAAAAGUGGCAAUCGUCGAGAAUUUUUUCGACAUAAUUCACGCAGUCCACGUUGACCUAGAAGGUCGUCCAGGCAAACACGCUGGUCAAAAACGCACAUACAGAACCAUAACAGAAACAUACGCAUUCCUGCCUCGUGAAGCGGUGACGAGGUUCCUGUUAGGCUGCACAGAGUGUCAACGUCGCCCCAGAUCUCCGAGCCCGAGCAAUCUGGCCAAUCAAUCGCAAGCGGUGGCGGCUGCUGCAGCGGCGGCGGCCAUAGCAGCAACAACGUCAGACGUCGUGACAACAACAGGGAGUACUGUGACACGAACCCCGAGGAGUCCUACCCCAGCAAUAGCUCUCUCUGCGACGCCAACACAAAGCAGUCCACGUCCUCGUGAAGCCAGUAAUCCGCCAGAGAGCAAAAGUUUAUUUAGCUACAGGCAUCCAAAGCACCACCACCAUCACCACCAAGCUCACCAACACGCCCACAGAAAUUCAGCAGUCACUGUUGGAGAAAAAAGUUGUAAUACUAGUACUGCUGCUGCUGUUACUGAUAUUAGCGCUAGUAAUAAUAAUAAUAAUAAUAAUAAUAAUAGUAGUAGUAGUAGUAGUAGUAGUAAUAAUAAUAACAAAGACAAGGAAUCGGACCAACAUCAUCAUCACCACCACCAUCAUCACCAUCACCAUCACCACCGGGACAAGGACAAUGGCAAUAAAAAUAAUAAUAAGAAGGAGAAGACAGUCGGUGGUGGUAAAGAGAACAAAGAUAAAGAGGAAAAGUAUAAUCCGCUGAGUAUUAGUAAUUUGCUGAAGAAAGACCCCUCGAGUUUUCCAUCGGCGUCCGAGAACAACGGAAACUUGAGCACAACUACGACAACUACGACGACAACAAACUCCCCGGCAACGACGCCGACAGAGUCACGGAGGACCCCAGAGUCUGAUCGAGCCAGUUCAAGAAGUUCGGCUUCUUCCAAGAGAAAGCGGAUGCUUCCCGAAGGCAGAACACCCUCGCCCACUCCGCCCGGGCCGCUGGCAAGGCCCUGGAGUCCCGGUAUCGAUUUGUCGAAAGACACUCCCGUCGACUACAGUCUUCCCAUUACCACGACGUACCUGAAGCAUCAGCAGAAAAUAAUCGCGGAGAAGAACAAAGCCACUGCCUUAGCGAUCGCCUUGGAGGAAGUACAAAGGAAGUCCAUGGAGGAGGAUGCCGAGCUGCUCGCCGGAAAUGCAAAUGCUGCUGGUGCUAACGUCGGUGUCGGUGUUUGUGGCAGCCUUCCCGAUAACAUUUCCGCCGAGAGAGAUCAAUAUUCACCUGCCGGACUGAUCGAUACCAACCUCAGUUUGCUUGCCACUAUCCAACACUUGCACUGUCAGGUCAUGAUGGCUUUGACUGAGAGACUCAGACCCUCCGGGCUGCCCGCGUCUUUGAUGCUUCCACCGGCGCCCACUAUUCUUCCGAUCCAGCCCUACAGUUUCAUUCGUGAUAUGUCGAUACCCGCUUUGGCUUACAAUCAUUCCUGAUUGUACCAACCUAACUAAUAACUUAUCAUAUUUAUUCUUGUUAUUAUUAUUAAUAAUAAUUAAUUAACUCAUUUGUUUAUUAAUACACUAGUCUGAUAAUCUACAUGUCAGCUUUUACUUUGCACUGACAAAAAAUACGACAAACUUGAUUUAAUCAAGAGAAAUAUAUAUAUUUACUGCUUUUUAUUAAAACUAAUGAUUUAUUUUUAUUUUAAUCAGUAUUUUAAUUAUCUAGAUAAAAAUUAUUCCUUACUAAAAUAGGGGACAUCGGGGCAUGAUGGACUUCCCUAAAAAUUUUGUAACAGUCAUAUAUUUUUGGUUCAUAUAUUUAUCAAAUUUCGAAGCGAUACGAAAUAUCCGGGGCAUAAUGGACCCCUAGAAAAUUAAAAGAAAAAUUUUUUUUUCCAGUCUAGAUUUAUGAGUUUGAUGUAAUUUACAAAUUAAAAAAAAAAAAUUUUCGAGUCGAUCGAUUGGAAAAAUUUUUUUUUCCUGAAAUUGUAGCAAAAUUAUAACGGAUUUGUUUGACAUAAAAAAACUAGACCCGGUAAUCAAAAGCCAUCAAAAAUUAAUGACCUUCGGGAGGCCGUCAUACCCCGCCCUCUAUUUAAAAAAAAAAAAAAAAUUGAGAGGAGUGAAGUUGGCCGGUGGACAUACUCAGAGAAAAAUAAAAUUACAUCAUAUAUAGUUUAUAAAUAUAUUCGGAUAUAUAUAUUUACAUACAUAUAUUUACACAAGGAGUAAAUUAUUUUAUUUUUGUAAAAAAAAUUCUAAAAAUAGUUGCAAGUACAAAUAGACACUUUGGCAUGUAACUGCAACUGACGUAAAAAAUAUUACGGGUAACUUUAAUGGCUUUGUAAAACAAAGUUUUAAAUUUUCACGAGUAGUCACCGACGAUGGGUUUUUUUGGCGACGUACAACGUCCUAGAUCGUACACGUAAAAGAUGUAAGACGUGUUACAUCCGCGCUGAAGUACCGAGGUCCCUUCAAAAGGUCAACUUCACUACCCGCCUGUUUCAUUACAUUAUUAUUAUUAUACUUUUUUUUUUUUACUUUCUAUUCUUAAGUCGACGUAUAAACGUUUCGUCAGCUACUUGUAUUAUUGAUUGCUUACUGUACAGUAGCAUAGUCGCUGUGUGAUUGAUGCUAAUUAUAAAAAAAAGUAUUUAAUAUUUAAUAUUAAAAAAAUAGAAAUUAGAUUUCGAAAUAUAAAAAAUAAAAAUGCUUGUGAAAUUUUUUUAUAGAUCGAUUGCCAUCGAAAGUAGAAAUUUUUAAUUUAAAAAAAAAAAAAAUAUAUAAAUAUAUAAAUAUAUAUAAAUAAAUAUGAAUAUUGAUAUAUAUGGAAAUAAAUACAAAGCAUAUGUUUUUUGUACAUAAUCAUUGUAAAAUAGUGCCUGCUCUAGAAACCCAAUGUAUUAUUAUUAUUAUUGUCAUUAUAAUUAUAAUUAUAAUUAUUAUUAAAUAUAACAACUGUUACAAUUACAUAAUAUUAUGAUAUUUAAAUUAUAAAUCGCAAAAUAAUAACGAGAGAAUAUAAAUAAAAAAACUACUG